GUGCCAGCAAGUGAGGGCACCUCAGUGUGGAACCGUGUGCCAACUGUCGGCUCUGUUUCCUUCAUUGGUUCCUCCUCAAGUCUGUUUUAGCAUGAGUCACUUAUUCUUGAGUGCUUGUUUUAGUAGCAUGUAGUUGUGCCUGUGUCUGAGGCACCCCUGUUAACAGAGUCACGGUGCUGUAAUUCCACAGGCCAAGGCAAAGGCAUGGGGGAAGGAGGUGAGAGCUCCCAUCCUGAUCUGCAUGGGAAUGGCAUGGACACCCUCCAACAAGGCACACCACCUGAUUCUUGCCAGUAGUUCACUGCUAGGGACCAAGCAUUCAAACGUGAGCCUAAGGGGGCCAGCUGUUCUGUCUGCUUCGUCAGUUUGUGAAGAGCAUUAGCACCAAAGGAUGGGCGCGACAUUAAUAAGAGCUGUUAAAAUGGCAAAGGCAGUGGAUUUGUAGAGACUGCUAGACAAACGGAGAUCACACACUUUUAAAAUUGGUUUAUUUGAGACAUAAUUCAUAUACCAGACUGACCUCAAACUCUGCAUACCCAAGGCUGGUCUUGAGUGCUGGGAUUAUAGAGUGCACGACCAUGCUCAGUGUAAUUUCUCUUUUUAUCUUACACAGUUUAGUCAUUAAACGUUCAUUUCUGUAUCUUACCCCUCGUUAGGUCCGGGUUUUUCUUGAAAUAUUUUAGUUCAAAGUCAAAUCGACCUCUCCUCCUGAACUGGAAUACUGAGGAGAUUUACAUGAUAGGUUCAUAUUCCUGGUUCACAUUCAAUUAUUAAAAACAAGCACUUUUUAAUCACAUUUUUAAAAGUUCAAAUACUGGUCAGCUAGCCCAGCCCGUUUCCUGGACAGAACUGUGCAACCAGAGAGGCCCUCUAAUGAAAUGGUGAUGAGCAAGUUCAGCCCUCUAGUGGUUCUGUUACACGCUGCACUGAAAUUUGGUGACGUUUGGGCCUUGCUUUGAAGUUCUAGUGACAGAAUUACAGUUUAAUGUUAAAAAGUAAUCGAGAGACCCCUCUACCCUAGCAAUGCGUGUUCAUACUAGGUUCUCAUGUGACAAUAUAGACUAGUUAGGAUUAUCCUGUACUUGAUAAACUGAGUGGUUGACCAAAUGUGAACUUACAUGCAUGUUAAAUUGUGGGAGAAUUAACUGAGGUGGCAUAGAGCAUGUCAUAUCCACGCUGGGGAACACGUGGCUCUCAUGCUUAGACUGGUAUUUAUGGGAUGGUAUUUUGGGGAAGCAAGCCGCACCAUGUGUGUUUGUGUGUUACAUGCACAGAGACAUACCAGUUACACAUAGCAGGUCCCCUCAUUUUUAUUUGAAAGCAAAGUGGGAAAAACCUUCACUUCUUAGGCUAUCCUUUCGUAUGAGUAGAAAGGAAAAGAAAGCAUGAGAUUGCACCAGGUGAUAUUGGUACUUUUCAUGGAGAGAUUUGGAAGUAGGGAGUCAAUAGUGUAUUCAAAUUUUUAGGAAAAGUAAACCCAGGGACCUGAGGUGAAGGAACUCACCCAGUCCAUAGCAGUUCAAUCUCGAGUACAAAACUGCAGUCCUUAACUGGACAGCUCGCAGACAUGGGGAUAGUGUCAAAAUCAGGCCGAACGACACUCAGUCAGCUCCUGACUGCUUUUCUGAGUUGCAUGUGUUUGUUUUUGUUUGUUUGAAUAGAAUGGUUUGCUUGGUAAUCUGCUUAUAAAUAUAAGACAGGAGCUAAAUUGCUUAAGAUGUGUGGUGGUUGGGAUUUCUCUUUAAGGAGCUUUCUCCUUGUUCUAGGAAUUAAAAUCUUUUCCUCUUCAGCCCAAUUAAGUGUGUUAAUGGAGGGCCUCUAAUGAAAAAGCCUUUCUUUGAGGUCUAGAAGUGGAAAUGAUUUGUCCUGAAAGAACUUUCCUGACAGGCUGUCGAAGCUGCCCGCCAUCGCCCGAAGGCUGUUCUGAAGGUGGUCUGGACGCUCCAAAAUGCUGAGCGACACUUCAGAUUUAAACACUUCAGGCUCUGGGGAUGAAGACAGUUCUGUCUUCUCCAAGACGGAACACAGCAUCAUUGCAGCUUACCUGAUUGUGGCAGGUAUAAUAAGCAUUCUCAGCAACAUAGUAGUUCUGGGCAUCUUCAUUAAGUACAAGGAACUGCGGACACCCACGAAUGCAGUGAUUAUUAACCUGGCUUUCACUGAUAUAGGGGUCAGUAGCAUUGGCUAUCCCAUGUCUGCUGCUUCAGAUCUGCAUGGAAGUUGGAAAUUCGGAUAUACAGGCUGUCAGGUUUAUGCUGGGCUGAAUAUCUUUUUUGGAAUGGUGAGCAUUGGCCUGCUCACAGUUGUAGCUGCGGACCGGUACCUGACCAUCUGCUGUCCUGAUGUAGGAGGAAGGAUGACCACCAACACUUACCUCAGCAUGAUCCUGGGUGCCUGGAUCAAUGGCCUGUUCUGGGCUUUGAUGCCCAUCGUGGGCUGGGCUAGUUACGCCCCAGAUCCUACAGGGGCCACCUGUACCAUAAACUGGCGGAAAAACGAUGCAUCUUUCAUGUCUUACACCAUGACGGUUAUUGUGGUGAAUUUCCUUGUGCCCUUGACGGUGAUGUUUUACUGUUAUUACCACGUCGCUCAGUCCAUGAGACGUUACGCUGCCCGGAACUGCACUGCAUACCUCAACAGAGACUGGGCCGACCAGGCAGAUGUCACAAAGAUGUCUGUGAUAAUGAUACUGAUGUUUCUGCUGGCAUGGUCCCCUUACUCCAUCGUGUGCUUAUGGGCUUGUUUUGGAGACCCCAAAAAGAUUCCUCCUGCAAUGGCCAUCAUAGCGCCGCUGUUUGCAAAAUCCUCCACGUUCUACAACCCCUGUAUUUACGUUGCUGCGAAUAAGAAGUUUCGGAAGGCCAUGUUUGCCAUGUUUAAAUGCCAGGCUCACCAAGCAAUGCCUGAGACAAGAUCUGUACCAAUGGAUAUGCCUCGAAGCCCAUUGACUCCUGGAAGAAUCUGAAAUUCGAGAAAAAAAUAUACCACCAAACAUUUUAUUUGGUUGUUUUUUGUUGUUGUUUUUUGUUUUGGGGCAAUCCAUUAAUUUUGUUUUAAAUAUGAACCCAUUUAGAUGGAGUGCAGACAGAGACUAUUGCCGUAUUGGACUGCAGAUUCCUCCCAGGCAGCCA